CUUUUGAGCCAGAUUACUUUUUUUUUCUAAGCAAACAUGGUAGCUGGCAUGCUUAUGCCGUUGGACCAGCUCAGAGCAAUUUAUGAGAAACUUUUUAAAGAUGGGGUUCUGGUUGCCAAAAAGGACAAGAGGCCACAGAGCUUACAUCCAGAAGUACAUGGGGCCACUAAUCUCCAGGUGAUUAGAGCUUUGGGGUCCCUGAAGUCAAGAGGUUUUGUUCGUGAAACCUUCAGUUGGAGGCAUUUCUACUGGUAUUUGACCAAUGAGGGCAUUGCCUACCUGCGGGAAUACCUACACCUUCCACCUGAGAUUGUCCCAGCAUCUUUGCAGAGGGUACGCCGCCCCAUUCCCACACUAAACAUCAGUCGACGUGCAGCACCUACUGUGCAGAAGGUAACAGGACCUACAACCUUUGCUCCAAAAGGGCCCAGUGGAAGACAGGGCCUAGGGUCCCAGCAGGAUCGUCAGAUGUACCGGAAGACAGAGAUUGUGGAAGAAGUGAGAGCUGAAAGCGUAACUACAGUGGGAGUGGCCAGAAAAUCUCCAGAACCCACCCCUGUUGAAGAUGAGAGAGAUCGUGUCCAGAAGAAAACCUUCACAAAGUGGGUCAACAAACACCUUAUCAAGCACUGGAAAACUGAGGCACAGCGCCACAUCAGUGACCUGUAUGAAGACCUCCGAGAUGGGCACAACCUCAUCUCACUGUUGGAAGUCCUCUCCGGGGAGACACUGCCGAGGGAACGAGACGUUAUCAGGAACUUGAGAUUGCCCCGUGAGAAGGGCCGUAUGCGCUUCCACAAACUUCAAAAUGUACAGAUCGCCCUGGACUUCUUGAAGCAUCGUCAGGUAAAGCUGGUGAACAUCAGGAAUGAUGACAUUGCUGAUGGAAACCCCAAACUCACACUUGGUUUGAUAUGGACCAUCAUUCUUCACUUCCAGAUUUCAGACAUUCAGGUGACUGGCCAGUCAGAUGACAUGACGGCUAAGGAAAAGCUGCUGCUGUGGUCCCAGCGGAUGGUGGAAGGUUACCAGGGGCUGAGGUGCGACAACUUCACUACCAGCUGGAGAGAUGGAAAACUGUUCAAUGCCAUCAUUCAUAAACACCGACCAAUGUAUAUUGAUAUGAAGAAGGUUUACAGGCAGUCCAACUUGGAAAACCUGGAUCAGGCUUUCACCGUGGCAGAAAGGGAACUUGGCGUUGACCGCCUUCUUGACCCUGAAGAUGUUGAUGUACCAAAUCCUGAUGAAAAGUCCAUCAUUACCUAUGUCUCAUCACUAUAUGAUGCCAUGCCAAGAGUGCCUGCUGUACAAACUAGUGUACAACUUAAUGAACUGCAGCUGAGAUGGCACGAGUACUACGAACUUGUCACAAUCCUUCUGCAGUGGAUCCGCCGUCAUAUUCUCAUUUUUGAGGAGAGGAAGUUCCCAGGCAGCUAUGAAGAGAUUGAGCUUCUCUGGAGUCAGUUUCUAAAAUUCAAAGAAGUAGAACUUCCAACCAAAGAGGCAGACAAAAAUCGUUCCAAGCAGGUCUAUGCAACACUGGAAAGUGCAGUGCAGUCUGGACAGCUGACAGUACCACCAGGUUACCACCCCAUUGAUGUGGAAAAGGAAUGGAGCAAACUGCACAUGGCAAUUUUGGAGAGAGAGAGGCUACUGCGUGUGGAGUUUGAGAGACUAGAAAAGCUGCAGCGUAUUGUAACAACAAUUCAGAUGGAUUCUAUAGUAUGCGAAGAGCAAUUGAACCAGGCCGACUCUAUGCUACAAAUGGAUAUCCGCUUAUUGAAUGCUGGCAAACCACCUCAGAAAUCUGCAGAAAUAGAAGCAGAGUUGGAUAAGGCUGAUGCCAUGAUCCGACAUCUCUUUAAUGAUGUUCAGACGUUAAAGGAUGGUCGACACACGCAAGCUGAGCAGAUGUAUCGCAGGGUGUACCGUCUCCAUGAAAGGCUCGUUGCUAUUCGCACUGAAUACAACCUUCGUAUCAAGUCAGGCAGCUCAACCACAGUUACACAGACAACAAUCAAUUUGCAACAGCAGCAGCGGCCACAACAGCGUAAUGAACUGGAUGAUGUCACUCUUCGGUAUCUGCAGGACCUUCUGGCAUGGGUGGAGGAGAACCAAAGGCGCAUUGAUGCUGCUGAGUGGGGUGUAGACCUUCCAAGUGUGGAGUCACAGUUAGGAAGCCACCGUGGUCUUCACCAAUCCAUUGAUGAGUUCCGAUCAAAAAUAGAAAGAGCUCGUGCUGAUGAGACUCAACUCACUCCUGCCACCAAAGGGGCCUACAGAGACUGUCUCAGCAAGCUGGACCUGCAGUAUGCCAAAUUACUGAAUUCUUCCAAGGCUCGCUUGCGAAACCUUGAGAGCCUCAACAAUUUUGUCAACAUAGCAACCAAAGAACUAAUGUGGUUGAAUGACAAGGAAGAUGAGGAAGUGAAUUAUGACUGGAGUGACAGAAAUACCAACAUGGUAGCCAAGAAGGAUAGCUACUCGAACUUAAUGAGAGAGCUGGAACUGAAGGAGAAGAAAGUUAAUGACAUUCAGGCCACUGGAGAACAGCUACUUCGGGAUGGUCACCCUGGUCGGCAGACCAUAGAGGCAUUCAUGGCUGCUCUGCAGACUCAGUGGAGUUGGAUGCUUCAGCUGUGCUGCUGUAUUGAGACCCACUUGAAAGAGAACACUGCUUAUUUCCAGUUUUUCUCAGAUGUAAAGGAUACUGAGGAAUACCUUUUGAAAACUCAGGACUCCAUGAAGAAAAAAUACUCCUGUGAUCGCUCCAUUACUGCCACUCGACUUGAGGACCUGCUCAAGGACUCACUUGAAGAGAGGGAACAGUUGAAUGACUACAAAGGUCACCUUGCAGGUCUAAGCAAGAGGGCCAAAGCCAUUGUCCAACUAAAACCUCGUAACCCUGGCAACCCCCUAAAAGGCAAACUUCCUGUGCAGGCUGUCUGUGACUACAAACAGAUGGAGAUCACAGUGCACAAGGGAGAUGAUUGUGCACUACUCAACAACUCCCAGCCCUACAAGUGGAAGGUACUGAAUACUGCAGGAAGUGAAGCUGUUGUACCUUCUGUCUGUUUCCUUGUCCCACCAACUAACAAGGAGGCUUUGGAUGCAGUCACCAAACUUGAUGGCGUACACCAGCACUUACUGAGCGUCUGGCAGCAGCAGCAUAUUGAUAUGAGAAGUUUGUACUCCUGGCUUAUUAUAUACAGGGAUAUGCAACAGAUCAGAAGCUGGAACAUUCUCCUGUUUAAGACCCUGAAGCCUGAGGAUUACAGACAGAUGCUGAAAAACCUGGAACUCCAUUACCAAGAGUUUAUGAAAAACAGCCAGGACUCCGAGAAUUUUGGGCCAGAUGAUCGCAUGCAAAUCGAGAAAGAUUACAAUACUUCUAUUCAGCACUUUGAAGGUCUACAGAGGGCACUUGAACAAGGAGAGCAGAAUGAAUCCAUAUGCAAGAAUUAUAUCACCCAGCUGAAGGAUAUACGGCUGCAGCUGGAGAACUGUGAAUCCAGGACCAUCCACAAAAUCCGCAUGCCCUUGGAACAUGAGGCUGCCAAGGACUGUACCAAGCGAAUCAGUGAUCAGCAGCAAGUCCACUCAGAACUUGAAGGCAUCAAGAAGAAUCUUAACAAGGUGACAGAGAAAGCUGAGAAGGUGCUAGCUCAACCAGAGCAUUCUGCAUCUGCCCCAGUGCUGCGAUCAGACAUGGAAAUCACACUGCAAAAGAUGGACCAGGUGUACAGCCUUUCUAGCAUCUACUUGGAUAAGUUGAAGACAAUCGAACUUGUCAUUCGAAGCACUCAUGGUGCUGAGGAUGUUGUCAAGAAUUAUGAAGACAGGCUGGGAGAUAUCAGUCUUGUUCCCGCCAACGCCAAGGAGCUGGAAGCAUACAAGUCACAGCUUAAGAAAUUGCGAAAUGAGGUGGAGGGUGAUCAGCCUCUGUUCAGUAAGUUGGAGAAUGAGUUAAGCAAAGCUAAGGAGGUGAAUGAGAAGAUGAUUCGUACCCACAAUGAGCGGGACCUGGACUUGGACCGUUACCGGGAACGGGUAAGCCAGCUGCUGGAUCGCUGGCAAAGCAUCAUCAUGCAGAUUGAGCUCCGUCAGCGUGAACUUGACCAACUGGGACGUCAACUGAACUACUACAGGGAUAGCUAUGACUGGCUGAUCAAAUGGGUUACUGAAGCUAAACAGAGGCAGGAACAGAUCCAGCAUGUACCACUAACCAACAGCAAGACAGUCCGGGAUCAGCUCCUUCAAGAGAAGAAAUUACUGGAAGAAAUUGAAAAGAAUAAGGACAAAGUUGAUGAAUGUGAGAAGUACGCCAAGCAGUAUAUCGAUGCCAGUAAGGAUUAUGAACUUCAGUUGGUUACAUACAAGGCACAGGUGGAACCAGUAUCUUCUCCAAGCAAGAAACCCAAAGUGCAGUCAACAUCUGACAGUAUUAUUCAAGAGUAUGUUGAUCUCAGAACUCGGUACAUUGAACUUAUGACUUUAACCAGCCAAUACAUCAAGUUCAUGAAUGAAAAUCUGCGUCGCUUGGAAGAGGAAGAGAAAAAUGCCAUGAAGCUGAAGGAGGAGGAACUUAAACGCCUGACAGAACUGGAAAGCCAGCUUGAGAAACAAAGAGAGCUAGCAGAAGCCCAUGCUAAGGCCAAGGCACAAGCCGAGAAAGAAGCCAGGGAGUUACAGCUCCGUAUGGAAGAAGAGGUCACCAGGCGUGAGGUGGUGGUAGUGGGUGCAGAGCAACAGAAGCAAAAUAUACAACAAGAACUGCAUCAACUUAAAUAUUCUUCUGAGAUGCAGCUCAAGGCCAAAGACAAAGCAGUAGAAGAGGCUGAAUAUAAUCGUAAGAAAAUCGAGGAGGAAAUUCAUAUCAUCCGUUUGCAGCUAGAAACCUCGGAAAAGCAGAAGUUCAAUGCUGAGGCUGAGCUUCAGGCACUGAGGGCUCGAGCAGAGGAUGCUGAAAAGCAGAAGAAAGCAGCCCAGGAGGAGGCUGAAAGGCUGAGGAAGCAGGUCAAAGAGGAGACCCAGAAGAAGCGAGAAGCUGAAGAGGAGCUCCAACGUAAAAUCCAAGCAGAGAAAGAUGCUGCCAAAGAAAAGCAAAAAGCCCUGCAAGAAGUUGAGCAUUUCAAGAUGCAAGCUGAAGAAGCAGAAAGACUAAUGAAACUAGCAGAACUUGAAAAAGAGAGACAGAUCAAGCUAGCCCAGGACGUUGCCCAAAAGAGUGCGGAAGCUGAGCUACAAAGCAAGCGCAUGUCCUUUGCAGAGAAAACAGCUGAGCUAGAGAUGACUCUCAAACAGGAGCAUAUCACUGUUGCUCACCUACAGCAGGAAGCUGAACGUUUAAAGCGACAACAGGAUGAAGCUGAAAAAGCAAGGGAAGAUGCAGAAAAAGAACUUGAGAAAUGGAGACAGAAAGCAAAUGAAGCUCUAAGGUUGAGACUCCAAGCAGAAGAAAUUGCUCAUGUGAAAACUCUAGCCCAAGAAGAAGCUGAGAAACAGAAAGAGGAGGCAGAACGAGAAGCUAGAAAGAGAGCUAAAGCUGAAGAAGCUGCUCUUCUUCAGAAAGAUAUGGCUGAGGAAGAAUUGGAUAAACAAAGAACACUGGCUGAAUCCACAGCCCAUCAGAAACUUAGUGCUGAGCAGGAACUUAUUCGCCUUAAGGCUGAAGUAGAAAAUGCAGAUCAGCAAAGAACAGUUCUAGAAGAAGAACAGUAUCGAUUGAAAAAAGAAGCCAGUGAAGCAGUCCAACAGCGAAAGGUGCUAGAAGAAGAACUUGUGAAAAUUAGAGCAGAAAUGGAGAUCCUCCUUAAGAUGAAAUCAAAAGCUGAGGAGGAGUCAAGAUCAAACACAGAGAAAACAAAACAAAUACUGGAAACUGAAGCAGCUAAAAUGAAGGAGCUUGCUGAGGAGGCAGCAAGGCUUCGUGCUAUAUCAGAAGAAGCCAAGCGUCAGCGGCAAUUUGCUGAAGAAGAAGCAGCUCGCCAGCGAGCGGAAGCAGAGAGGAUUCUAAAGGAGAAGUUGGCUGCUAUUAAUGAAGCCAGUAGAUUGAAAACUGAAGCUGAAAUUGCAUUAAAAGAAAAAGAGGCAGAGAAUGAACGACUCCGGCGCCUUGCUGAGGAUGAGGCUUACCAGCGAAAGUUACUAGAAGAGCAGGCUACACAGCACAAGCAGGACAUUGAAGAGAAAAUAGUUAUACUUAAAAAGGCUUCUGAAAAUGAGCUUGAGAGGCAGAAAGCAAUUGUUGAUGAAACACUCAAGCACAGACGAUUGAUAGAAGAAGAGAUUAGAAUUCUAAAAAUUAACUUUGAAAAAGCAUCUGUGGGCAAGUCUGAUUUAGAGAUAGAGUUGUCCAAACUGAAAAAUAUAGCUGAAGAAUCACAUCUUGCUAAACAGGAGGCAGAAAGGGAAGCAGAAAAGCAAAGGCAACAAGCUAUUGAAGAAGAGAGACGAAGAAAGGAUGCUGAAGAUAAAGUAAGAAAAAGUCAAGCUGCUGAGGAGGAAGCUGCAAGACAGCGCAAAGCAGCAUUAGAGGAAGUAGAGCGUUUAAAAAAGAAGGCAGAAGAAGCUAAAAGACAGAAAGAACUAGCAGAAGAAGAAGCAGAAAAACAAAUUCUUUUGGCCAAAGAGGCUGCCCAGAAACGUAUAGAAGCUGAGGAGAAAACCCAUUUGGCUGUUGCUUAUCAAAAAGAGCAAGAGCUUCUGCAAACCAGACAACAAGAGCAGUCUGUUCUGGACAAAUUAAAAGAGGAAGCUGAGAAGGCCAAGAAAGCAGCAGAUGAGGCAGAGAAAGCUAGAAUUCAAGCAGAACAAGAAGCUGAUCUAUCUCGACAGCAAGCAGAGGAAGCAGAGCGCUUGAAACAACAGGCAGAAUAUGAAGCUCAAGAAAAGGCAAAAGCUCAGGAGGAUGCAGAGAGGCUCCGCAAGGAGGCUGAACUAGAGGCUGCUAAAAGAGCUCAGGCAGAACAGGCUGCACUGAAGCAAAAGCAGCUAGCAGAUGCUGAAAUGGAAAAACAUAAAGCAUUUGCUGAGCAGACUUUAAGGCAGAAGUCUCAGGUUGAACAAGAAUUAACAAAGGUUAAACUUCAGCUGGAGGACACUGAUCACCAGAAGGCUGUUUUUGAAGAGGAGCUGCAACGUCUAAAAUCUGAAGUGUCAGAUGCUGUAAGACAGAAAGCUUUGGUUGAAGAUGAACUUUUUAAAGUUAAAAUCCAAAUGGAGGAACUAAUAAAGUUGAAGACUAGGAUUGAAGAAGAAAACAGAAUGCUUCUUACAAAGGAUAAAGAUAAUACACAGAUGUUCCUGCAGCAGGAAGCAGAAAGGAUGAAGCAACUAGCUGAAGAAGCAGCACGCCUCAGUAUAGAAAGCCAGGAGGCUGCUCGUCUGAGGCAGUUGGCUGAGGAGGAUCUUGCCCAGCAGCGUGCAGUUGCAGAAAAAAUGCUAAAGGAAAAAAUGCAAGCUAUUCAGGAGGCAUCAAGGUUAAAAGCAGAAGCUGAAAUGCUUCAGAAACAAAAAGAACUGGCACAAGAACAAGCAAAGAGAUUACAGGAGGACAAGGAGCAAAUGCAGCAGCGCCUGGCAGAGGAGACUGAGGAAUUCCAGAAAGCUCUUGAAGCUGAACGCAGGCAUCAGUUGGAGAUCACUGCAGAAGCAGACCAUCUUAAACUUCGUGUUGCUGAGUUAGCAGAUGCACAGGCAAAGGCAGAAGAGGAGGCUAAAAGAUUUAAAAGGCAAGCUGAUGAAAUAAACACAAAACUUCAUGAAACAGAAAGUAUGACCAGAGAAAAGCUGACCAUCGUUGAGAAACUGGAAGUUCAGCGACUUCAUAGCGACAAGGAAGCAGAAGACCUCAGGAAGGCCAUUGCUGAUCUUGAAAAAGAAAAAGAGAAACUUAAGAAAGAAGCUGAACUAUUACAAAAGAAGUCUCAAGAGAUGGAAGUCGCACAGAAGGAACAGAUUAUACAUCAGACCAAUAUUCUACAGCAGACAUUCAUAAGUGAGAAAGAGCUACUUCUCCAGAAAGAAAAGUUCAUUGAGGAAGAGAAGGAAAAAUUGGAAAAGCUAUAUGAAGAAGAAGUUGACAAGGCACAGAAGUUAAAGGAUGAGCAGGAAGCACAGAGAAAGCAGCUGGAAGAAGAUAAGAAGACGCUGCAGUCAGCCAUGGAUGAUGCAAUGAAAAGGCAGCAAGACGCUGAAAAGGAAGUUCUUCGGAAGCAAGAGGAGCUGCAGGAACUUCAGAGGAAGAGAAAGGAACAUGAAAAACUGUUGGAAGAAGAAAACAAGAGACUGCGGGAAAAAUUAUUUCUGCUGGAGGAAGAGAAAAAGCCAUCUCCAGCUGUGACCAGAGAAAUUGAGAUCCAAACAGAUGAUGUGGAUGAAGAGUUCAUUUUGCCAGUUGAAGGGGACAGUGUUGGUGGAGUUCCUAAGUCACCCUUGACUAAUGGUAUGGAUGUUGUUGAUAGCCACAUUGAAAAUGGAGACUUGAAAUUCAUGCUUCCUGGUCUCCGCCAGGAUGUUCCAGCUGAAAAGCUUGUUAAUGCUGGUAUUCUUGGCAAGGACACAUAUGACAAGUUAACAAAGGGCAGUAUUGAUGUAAAAGAAAUUGCUGAGAGACCCGACAUUAAGAAGUACUUGCAGGGUGAGAGCAGCAUUGCUGGAUUGAUAAUGAAACCCACCAAUGAGAAAAUUGGUAUUUAUGAUGCCUUAAAGAAAAAACUCCUCACUCCUGGCACAGCUGUAAUUCUCCUUGAAGCCCAGGCUGCCUCAGGUUUUAUUCUUGAUCCUGUCAGAAACAAAAAACUUACUGUAAGUGAAGCAGUGAAAGAGGGAGUAAUUGGGCCUGAGCUGCAUGGCAAAAUGCUUUCAGCAGAAAGGGCAGUUACAGGCUACAAAGAUCCUUACACUGGUAAUAAAAUCUCCCUAUUCCAAGCUAUGAAGAAAGACCUGAUUGUAAAAGAUCAUGCAAUUCGUGUCCUGGAAGCCCAAAUUGCUACUGGUGGCAUCAUUGAUCCUGUUAACAGUCAUCGUGUGCCAAUUGAUUACGCCUUUAAGCAAGGCUACUUUGAUGAGGAAAUGAAUCACAUUCUUAAUGACCCCAGUGAUGAUACAAAAGGCUUCUUUGAUCCCAACACUCAAGAAAACCUCACUUACUUGCAGCUAAUGGAAAGGUGCACAGUUGAUCCAGAAACAGGUCUUCUGCUGUUACCACUGACUGAUAAGGCAAGAAAAGGAGAUCUUGCAUAUACUGACUCGGAAGCAAAAGAUGUCUUUAACAAGGCUACAGUGUCUGUUCCAUUUGGUCGAUUCCAAGGAAAGACAGUAACCAUAUGGGAAAUUAUCAACUCUGAGUACUUCACAGAAGCACAGCGCAAAGAUUUAAUAAGACAGUAUAGAACUGGAAAGAUAACUGUGGAGAAAAUAAUCAGAAUUAUUAUUACCGUUGUAGAAGAAAGUGAGAAAAAGAAGCAAAUCACUUUUAAUGGUCUGCGCAACCCUGUUCCAGCUACUAAUUUGUUAGAAAGUAAAAUAAUUGAUGCCGACUUGUAUGAUGAACUUCAACAGGGUAAGAAGACUGUUGAUGAAAUCUCAAAGACUGAAUCAGUGAGAAAGUAUCUAACAGGAACAAAUGCCAUUGCUGGGGUACUAGUAGAAACGACCAAUGAGAAACUUCCCAUUUAUCAAGCCAUGAAGAAGAAACUGCUGAAACCUGAUAUUGCUUUAAGCCUGUUAGAAGCUCAGGCAGCUUCUGGAUACAUGAUUGAUCCUGUCACGAAUCAGCAGAUGCCUGUUAAUGAAGCUGUCAGGGCUGGAACUGUUGGACCAGAGCUUCAUGAAAAGCUUCUAGCUGCAGAAAAGGCUGUAACUGGUUACCGGGAUCCAUACACGGGUCAGACAGUGUCAUUGUUUCAAGCUUUGAAGAAGGACCUCAUCUCAAGAGAUACUGGCAUUCGACUGCUUGAAGCUCAGCUUGCUGCAGGUGGUAUUAUCGAUCCAGUCAACAGUCAUAGAGUACCCACUGACGUUGCCUACAAACAGGGCUACUUUGAUGAACACAUGAACCAAGCCCUUUCAGAGCCCAGUGAUGAAGCUAAAAGUUAUUUUGAUCCAAAUGCUGUUGAGACAGUUUCCUACCAACAACUUCAGAAAAGGUGUGUAACAGAUAAGCAAACGGGUCUUUAUCUGCUACCGCUUACUGAAAAAGCCAUCAAAGCACAAGAUGAAGAAGUUGUCAUUGACAGUCAAACUAAAGAGGACUUUAAUAAGACCACCAUUUCCAUUCCAUCAGGAAGCCUAAAAGGAAAAACUGUUACAAUAUGGGAGCUCAUUAACUCAGAAUACUUGACAGAAGAACAAAGGAUAGAACUCAUCAGGCAGUACAAAACUGGUAGAGUUACAAUAGAAAAAAUUAUUAGAAUAGUAAUCACUAUUAUUGAGGAGACUGAAGCUAAGAAACCAGAACAUAUUACAUUCACUGGCAUCAGAGCCCCAGUAUCUGCCCAGGAAUUACUGGACUCUAACAUUCUUAGUAAAGAUCAGUAUGAAUCUCUUCAGCAAGGUAAAACAUCAGUGGAGGAGCUGUCAGUUACUGAGUCCAUUAAGAAGUACCUGCAAGCUGGUGACUGCAUAGCAGGAGUUUAUGAGGACACCACCGGAGAAACCAUGUGCAUCUAUGAUGCCAUGAAUAAAAACUUUAUCAAACCAGAGGCUGCUGUACCACUUCUGGAAUCCCAAGCAGCUACUGGUUUUAUGAUUGAUCCUGUCAAAAAGCAAAAACUGACUGUCAAUGAAGCAGUGAAAGCUGGUAUUGUUGGACCUGAAUUACAUGAAAAACUUCGUUCAGCAGAAAGAGCAGUGACUGGUUAUGCUGAUCCUUACACAGGUGAAAAAAUAUCCGUUUUCCAAGCAAUGAAAAAGGGUCUUAUUCUGAAAGAACAAGCCAUUCGUUUGCUAGAAGCCCAGAUUGCCACUGGUGGCAUCAUUGACCCAGUAAACAGCCAUCGUGUGCCUACUGAUAUCGCUUGUAAACGAGGAUACUUGGAUGACCAGAUGAACAAGUUUCUGUCUGAACCUGUCGCUGAAGCCAAAGGAUUCACUGAUCCUGCCACCAAUGAAAAGGUCACAUACUUGCAAAUGAAAAAUAAGUGUAGAAGAGAUCCAGACUCAGGCUGUCUUCUCGUGACAGUAAAGAAAGAAGUGCCUACAGUGGUGGAAACCACUUGUGUGUACACAGAGUCUGAGACAAAACAGGUAUUUGAAGAUACAAAAGUUGAUAUACCUUCUGGAAACUUAGCAGGUAACUCUAUGUCACUUUGGGAGGUAAUACACUCAGAACUGAUACCAGAACAGGAAAGAAACAGACUUAUUGAAGAAUUUCGAUCAGGUAAAGUAACUAAAGAACGCCUGAUUAUUGUCAUUAUUGAGAUAAUUGAAAGGACAGAAAUCAUAAGACAGCAGCAAGAGCUUGUCUCUUUUGAAUUUGUUCGACGCAGAAUAACAGCAGAUGACCUAUAUUCAGCCAGAAUAAUUGACCUGGAAACAUACAAUCUCCUGAAACAGCAGAAGAAGACAAUCCGUGAGAUUUUAGAAAUGAUAACAGUUCGCAGUUAUCUCUAUGGGACAGGCAGUGUUGGUGGGAUUUACAUUCAAGCAACCAAAGAGUCAGUGGGUGUGUAUCAGGCAAUGAAGAAAGGUUUAAUUAGCUCUGAAGUAGCCUACCCAAUACUGGAAGCCCAGGCAGCCACUGGUUUCAUCAUAGAUCCUGUAAGGAAUGAGAGACUUACAGUUGAUGAAGCAGUUAAAAAAGGAGUUGUAGGUCCUGAACUUCACGAUAAGCUUCUGUCAGCUGAAAGAGCGGUCACCGGGUAUCGAGAUCCUUUUAGUGGGAAAGUAAUUUCAUUGUUCCAGGCAAUGAAGAAGGACCUUGUUGCAACAGACCAGGCAAUGAAGCUUUUUGAUGCUCAGAUUUCUACUGGGGGCAUUAUUGAUCCUUAUUUUAACUUCCACCUUCCAAUGGAUGUUGCAUACCAGCGAGGAUAUUUUGACAGAGAAACAUAUGAGAAACUCACUCAUGCAAGUAGCAAUAUUAAGUGUUAUAUGGAUCCAGUCACGGAGGAGAAGUUAUCCUACCCUCAAUUACUUAAAAAAUGCAGAAUUGAUAACAGCACAGGCCUUCACCUGCUUGUACUCUCAGACAGAAAGCCUAUAACAGUAAAAGGACUGAGGAAGCAGAUCACAUUGGGUGAACUUUUGCGUUCAGAAAUUAUUGAUGAAACUACAGUAAAAGGGCUAGAGGAAGGUUUACUGUCUUUAGAUGACAUAACUGCAAAUCUGAAGAAGUACUUAGAGGGUAUAAGUGGUAUUGCAGGAGUCUAUGUUGAGGCAACAAAAGAAAAACUGUCUGUGUACCAGGCCAUGAAGAAAGGCAUAAUAAGGCCUGGUACAGCCUUUGAACUUCUGGAAGCUCAAGCAGCUACAGGCUAUGUGAUUGAUCCAAUUAAAAACUUGAAGCUGGCAGUAAACGAAGCUGUGCAAAUGGGUAUAGUAGGCCCAGAAUUCAAAGACAAACUUUUGUCUGCUGAAAGAGCUGUAACAGGCUAUAAAGAUCCAUAUUCUGGUAAGUUAAUUUCUUUGUUCCAGGCCAUGAAGAAAGGCCUUAUACUAAAGGAUCAUGGUAUUCGAUUGCUAGAAGCACAGAUUGCUACUGGUGGGAUAAUCGAUCCUGAAGAAAGUCAUCGUCUGCCAGUGGAGGUGGCAUAUAAACGAGGUUUGUUUGAUGAAGAAAUGAAUGAAAUUCUUACUGAUCCCAGUGAUGAUACCAAGGGAUUCUUUGAUCCAAACACAGAAGAAAAUCUCACAUAUCUUCAGUUACUUGAAAGAUGUAUGACUGACCCAGAAACAGGACUCCGUCUGUUGCCCCUGAAAGAAAAGAAACGUGAAAGGAAAACAUCUUCCAAGUCUUCUGUUAGGAAAAGAAGAGUUGUCAUUGUUGACCCAGAAACAGGCAAGGAAAUGUCAGUAUAUGAGGCAUAUCGUAAAGGGCUAAUUGAUCACCAGACAUACAUGGAACUGUCUGAGCAAGAGUGCGAAUGGGAAGAGAUCACAACUUCUUCAUCUGAUGGUGUGGUCAAGUCAAUGAUCAUUGACAGACGAUCUGGUAGACAGUAUGACAUUGAUGAUUCCAUCUCUAAAGGUUUACUUGAUCAGUCUGCUUUGGACCAGUAUCGCGCAGGUACCUUGUCAAUUACUGAAUUUGCUGAUAUGCUGUCUGGUAAUAUGAGUGGAUUCCGAUCAAGGUCUUCCUCAGUAGGAUCAACAUCAGCUGCUCCUGCAAGCACAGCAACUUCAAGAACUGCACUGCCCUCUUGGAGUGACCCAUUUGAAGAAACAGGCCCAAUUGCUGGCAUUCUGGAUACAGACACUCUUGAAAAAGUAUCUAUUACUGAGGCUAUGCGUCGUAACCUUGUAGAUAAUAUUACAGGUCAGAGACUUUUGGAGGCUCAGGCUUGCACAGGAGGAAUUAUUGAUCCAAACACUGGUGAGAAAUCUACGGUGACAGAUGCAGUCAGCAAAGGGCUGAUGGACAAAAUCAUGGUUGACCGAAUAAAUCUUGCUCAGAAAGCUUAUGUUGGCUUUGAAGAUCCAAGAACAAAGGUCAAAAUGUCUGCAGCUCAGGCUUUAAAGAAAGGCUGGCUAUAUUAUGAAGCAGGGCAGAGAUUUCUGGAAGUUCAGUAUCUCACAGGUGGUUUAAUUGAACCAGAUGUUUCUGGCCGAGUUUCACUGGAUGAUGCUCUUAAAAAAGGCACCAUUGAUGCCAGAACUGCACAGAAGCUUAGAGAUGUUGGUACUUACAGCAAAUAUUUAACGUGUCCCAAAACAAAACUUAAGAUCUCCUAUAAAGAAGCUAUGGAUAAAAGCAUGGUGGAAGAAGGAACAGGACUGCGUCUUCUGGAGGCAUCCUCCUCAUCAACAAAGGGCUACUAUAGUCCAUAUAAUGUCAGUGGUACUGGAUCAUCUGCAGGAUCUAGAUCUGGUUCAAGAACAGGAUCUAGACGAGGUAGUAUGGAUGCAACGGGUACACCUUUCUCAAUGACUUUCUCCUCUUCAUCUUAUAGCUCCACAAGCUAUGGCCGUAGAUAUGCUGGAGGUCCUCAUGGUGAUGUUGUGACAGAAUUGGCUUGUGCAUUGCCUGCUAUGCAUAGGCAUUGUGGAGCAGAAGAAAAUAGUAUCUUUCCAUCAGUGCAGCUACUGCAGCCUGUACUAGCAUAACUCAGUGGAGAAAAAAAACACUUAAAAAGCAAAAGCAUUCUGCUCUGCAUGUGGUAAAGCUCCUUUUUUUGUUACUGUUUUUAGGAACUGAAAAACGUUUUAUUUUCUUACUCUGGAGUGGUGCUUUAACGUGUAACCAGAUAUGUGAGUAAAUGUUUUAUUACAUGACUAAUAUAUAUUAAUAUAUCAUUGACUUGUAUGUAUAUGAGCAAUGAAAGAAUGAGACACUACUAUCUGUGAAACACAGAAAGCAAUAGCUCUCAGUCUGAGACAGAUUUUACCAUUUGCGGAACAGAAUGAAUAUAUAAUGCAAUUAGCAACAUACUGUAACUUUCAAGCCAAAAAAAAAGCUUCUUUAAUU